AUUUACAUUUUAUUAUGGAUUAAAUUAUGAAACAUAUCAUUGAAUAUAUUUGAUUAUACAUUCGAAUAAUAAUUUAUCGAAAUAGAAGCCGAUAGAUUUGACAAAAUACCAAAAAUGGCGAUCUGAAAAACAAUUAUUUCAUCACAAAUCUAUCUCUGAAUAUUCGAAGGAAAUAAAAAAAAAUGCAGACUAUUAAAUGCGUUGUAGUUGGAGAUGGUGCAGUAGGUAAAACAUGUCUGUUGAUUUCAUAUACUACCAAUAAGUUUCCAUCCGAAUAUGUUCCAACAGUAUUCGACAAUUACGCUGUAACUGUUAUGAUUGGUGGUGAACCAUAUACUUUAGGAUUAUUUGAUACAGCAGGUCAAGAAGAUUAUGACCGAUUACGUCCUUUGAGUUAUCCUCAAACUGACGUAUUUCUUGUUUGUUUUUCGGUUGUAUCUCCAUCAUCUUUUGAAAAUGUUAAGGAAAAGUGGGUUCCAGAAAUAACUCAUCAUUGCCAAAAGACUCCAUUUUUGCUAGUUGGUACUCAGAUUGAUUUAAGAGAUGAUGCAGCAACUAUUGAAAAACUUGCAAAAAAUAAACAAAAACCUAUAUCGGCUGAACAAGGUGAAAAACUCGCCAAGGAACUCAAAGCAGUAAAAUAUGUGGAAUGUAGUGCUCUUACACAAGUUUAAAAAAUGUAUUCGACGAAGCAAUUUUAGCAGCAUUAGAACCUCCAGAACCAGUUAGAAGAAGACGAUGUAUUGUUUUGUAGAGAGCUUUUAACAUCGUUUUUAAAGUCUAUUAGCAUUGUUCGAACAAUGACUGUGUGAGUUUGUCAUACAGUGCAUACGAAAAUACUUCGAUUAACGAUAGUUCGUCUGAUUAUUGGUACGAUCUAUCUUUCAUUUUCGUCUCACUCGGCAUACGCUCGAUUCGCAAAAAAAUAAAAACAAACAUUUUAUAUAUAAAAGAUAUGCACACAUUAUAUACACGUACAUUACGUGUUUACAUGUGCACGUGUAAGUAUAUACAUAUGUAUAAAUAUAUAAAUACAAUAUAUAUAUAUAUAUAUGUAUAUAUACAAUGUAUAUGUAUAUAUACAAUAUGUAU